CUGCUAACUAUCUCUCUAUCUACCCCAUCAACUACUACAACCCUAUCCUGAUCGCCCCAACUUCGAUCCUCCCUCUAGCACGAACUACUACCCUCGGACUUCCGGCUAUAACCCCAACGCAAAGCUUCCUACUUUCCGCCCGGCAUCAUGACUUUGGCUGAGGAAUUCCGCUCUAGAAACUUCAGCAUCUACGGACAAUGGACCGGAGUGGUUUGCAUUGUGCUGUGCUUCGCUCUCGGGAUUGCCAACAUCUUCUCCUUCAAUGCGGGACGCAUUGUUUUCAGUAUCAUCUGCCUUGUGUCGGCAUUUGUCCUCAUCUUCAUUGAAGUGCCCUGGCUGCUGCGAAUCUGCCCGACCUCGGAAAAGUUCGACACUUUCAUUCGCCGGUUUACCACCAACUGGAUGCGAGCUGCGAUGUACGCCAUCAUGAGCACGGUCCAGUGGCUCAGUCUUCUCACCGGCGCAUCGAGCUUGAUUGCGGCAGCCGUGUUCCUCAUCAUCGCAGCUCUCUUCUACGCCCUGGCCGGCUUGAAGAGCCAGGAGUUCGUGGGCAGCAAGACGCUGGGUGGCCAAGGUCUUGCGCAAAUGAUUGUUUAGGGCUGACUAUACGAAUGCGACAAGUGAGAGACGAACUCUUGAGCGAAUUCUCGUCGGUGCGAAGCCCCCGAGGGAUCUCCGAAACACCACGGAGAAAACAAUUUUUAAAAGGAAAAUAGAUUUUGUGUUGAGGGCGCUAUGAUUAUGACCAAUUGAAACUGAUUCCGCUGCUAUUGAUGCUGCCGAAAGGCGUUUUGUACUUGUAUGCGUGCUGGGCGGAGGGGUCUUGAGAUAUCAUUAUAUCUUAGGAGCAGAGAGUCCGACUUGGUGUGAGUAUUUGAUUUUCUGUUUUUUGUUCUGUCUCGUGCGUGUCAUCUCCCCCCCCUGGGCACGCUCUGCUGUGAUGCACUAGACAUUUCCUGUACUCUUAUUUAUUACUCUAUAGCUAUAUCGAGCGAAAUACCCUGUUAGCA